GAUACGGAACAGCUGCAGUGUGUCCGAAGGAUGCUCCUCUGUCAGGUGAGAUACAGCAGCAAAAAUAAUGGUAAAUAAUUGGAAUUGAAGACACUCAGAUGCUCCUGGGCGUAUCCCGCUUUACAACUACAUGGAAGGACACCGACGAGAGGAUGGAAACAGCAUGCGGUGACUGAGGCCUGAAGGCACGGUGUGUCCAGUGGUGGUGGCAGCAGCAGCAGCAGGCAUCUUGCUUAGAUGAAGGAUGAAGAGCCCGGUGCACAGAUGCAGGGACGUAGAACAUGGCCGUGGGCAGACCGGGAAUGGGGCAGGAAGCAGCUUCCUACAGGCUGAGCAGCGCAUCCCUAUCCCCAAAGAUGUUAUCACUUCUUCCUCCGCCUCUGCCAUGUGGUUCAUCAGGGACGCCUGUGGCAUUGUGUGCGCCAUCAUCACUUGGCUGCUUGUGUUGUAUGCCGAGUUUGUGGUGCUGUUUGUAAUGCUGCUGCCCUCCAAAAGUCUGACAUACAGCAUUGUGAAUGGGACCCUCUUCAACACUCUGGCCUUCCUUGCCCUCGCCUCACACCUCAGGGCCAUGUGCACUGACCCUGGUGCAGUACCAAAGGGGAAUGCUACUAAGGAAUACAUCGAAAGCCUCCAGCUAAAACCAGGGCAGGUGGUCUACAAAUGCCCCAAGUGCUGCAGCAUCAAGCCGGACCGGGCCCAUCACUGCAGUGUUUGCAAACGCUGCAUAAGAAAGAUGGACCACCAUUGCCCCUGGGUCAAUAACUGUGUUGGAGAGAACAACCAAAAGUAUUUUGUACUUUUCACAAUGUACAUUGCACUAGUUUCUCUCCACUCUCUGACCAUGGUGGUCUUCCAUUUCCUCAACUGCUUUGAAGACGAUUGGACAAAAUGCAGCACCUUCUCUCCCCCAGCCACAGUCAUCCUCCUCAUACUCCUGUGCUUUGAGGGCCUCCUCUUCCUCAUCUUCACCUCUGUGAUGUUUGGCACCCAAGUCCACUCCAUCUGUACCGACGAAACAGGUAUAGAGCAGUUGAAAAAGGAAGAGAGAAGAUGGGCUAAAAAAACUAAGUGGAUGAACAUGAGGGCGGUGUUCGGACACCCUUUCUCCUUGUUGUGGUUUAGUCCCUUCUCCACCCCUGAACAUGGGAAGGCUGAGACAUACCAGUAUGUGGUGUGAGAGCUCAGCACGGGGAACGAGGUUCGCCCCAGCCCUCACUGAGCAGACCUGUGGCUUUCUGUCCAUCCUUUCACUGUUAAACAUAAUUUACAUGAUAGGGCUGUCACUUUUCCCCAAAAUCUACUUUGAAGGAAUUUUACACUACAUACGGUUCCUUAAAGGAUAUUCAGAUAUUUGCCGUACAUGCAAUGACUGUUGGAAUAAGUCAUGUUAGGUUUAAGUCUUGUUGCAUUGCCUGUGGAGACGUACUCAGGUGGAGCUAACAACUGAGCUAGGUAAGCAGGUCUAGGGCUGAAACAAUUACUUGUCAACUAUUUUGAGAAUUGGUUUGAGGUUUUGUUUUUUUGUUUUUUUUACCUUCUUAAAUGUGAAUAUUUCAUUAUUUCUUUCAUAAUCAUAAUAGUUUGUGGACAAAGUGAACAUCAUUAUCACGUUUGAAAAACACUACGGAUCUGAAAGUAUCUAGUAUCUAUCUGAGAGUAUCUAUCUGCCGAUAUCAGUCAUUUCACACCUUUUAAACUAUAAAGCAACACAGUUGUGCCAUUUCAAGCUAUUUAAAACACAGAACUCCAAUAUGUAACGUAUUAUUUUCCCAUAACAGCCCAAAAAUUACUCAGCUAAAAUGCUGCUGCUGAUUUUUAUUUGCAUCUGAUUGUACCACAUUUUACAUUUUUUAUCCAGUCCAGCUAUUUUGACCAGUAUCAGACCGAUACAGAGUAUGGUAUCGGCUCAUCCCUAGUGUACAACCCAAAAUACUCUCACAUACGUGGAUCUCAGGCCAAUCUGUACUCACAUCGCCCUCUGUUGCACCACGGGGUAAUUACUUCAGGCGGUCUGAUAAGCUUCCAGUCUGUAUAUUUUCAACUUAAAUGUGAUUUAAACUUUUCAGGUUCAAACUCUCCCUCCUAAAUUGAAGUAGAUAUCUGAAUUUUGGAUAAAAAAGCGACAGCCCUACCCAACACACAUUAGCCAUGGGCAGCUUUUCACCUUUCAGUGUUGCCAAACAAAUUGUGCUUUACAUUCAAUGUUUUGUGUUGCCUUCAGUAACUCAAGUUACAGAGUUGAAGAAAGAACUUGAGUUUGUGUGUCCUGUUUGCAAACACUGUGAUGAGUCGGUCUUUUUCUGAACUACUUUCUGUUGUAGCAGAAGCGCCACCUUUUUCCCUGUGUUUUCUUUUGUUUUCCACUCGAAGGGUUGCUUAAGGUAAAUUAUAUAAAAAAGUGUAUUUAUGUAUACAUUUCAACUGCUACCUCAUUUCAAUGGAUGAGUAGGGAAUAUCCCUUUGUACCACAUUUUAUGAUUAAGCUUCACUGUCUACGGUUCAAUCCUUUCAUCUUUGCCCUUUUAAAUUAUACCCAAAUAAUUUGAUUAGCGGCUGCUGGGACUCAGACGGUUAAAAAGUUUUACUGACUCAUCCUUUGAAAUUAAAAAAAAUUAGUGAGUUCAAAUGUGGAACCCCCCAUUUUGGAGAAAGUCUUUGCCUGUGUGCAGGCAUGUGUGUGUACACUUGUAUUUAUAUCUUUGUGAGGACAUUUUGACCUUGUGGGGACAUUUUGAUUUUGUCUGGACUCCCCACAACUUUAAAAUGCUUUUUCAGGGUUAAGACUUAGUUUUAGGUUAGGGUUUGGCAUUUGGUUAGGGUAAAGAGCGAGGGAAUGCAAACCUGUCUUUGUGAGGACAUUUGACCUUUUUGAAUUUUUUUGUCUGGACCCCCCCACAACUUCAAAAGGCUUUUUCAGGGUUAAGACAUGGGUUUAAGGUGAAGGUUAGGCUCUUCGUUGUGAUGGUUAAGGUUAGGGUAAGGGGCUAGGGAAUACAUUAUGUCUAUGAGGUGUCCUCACUAAGAUAUAAAGACAAGUUUGUGUGUAUGUGAGGGAGAGAUUUGCUGGCAGUGAAACAGCCCCGGAGCCAUGUGGUGUUUUGAUGUUGUUAGCGUGUGUGGGUGUGUGUGAAUGAUAAACACACCGUCUUGGCUUUCAAUUAGAAAACUUAUCAAAUCCUAGUGGUGUUAAAGGGAUAGUUCUGGGUUUUUUUAAGGAAAGGAACACGGUUAACACUUUGUUUUGCUGUGAACGGGGACUUCUGCUACACUGAGAAAAUAUGGUGCCACGGGAAUGGGGUGUCUGACGGUUAACGGCUGAAAAUAUUCCCAAUCUAGUGUCCAUUUAGAAGGUUAUCAAUCUUCAUUUACGUUGCUCUAUGACGUUUUUCUCAGCUCUCCCUGGUCACAGCAUAAUAACGAGUCUCAAUCUCCUCCCUCCAAACAGGCAUUGGGCUGAAUGCUGUUUAUAUAAGUGUGUUUUAAUCCCCUCUUCUUGAAAAAAUCCUUUAAAUGGAAGUAUUAAAGAAAAGAACCAUCUCAUAUUUUUUAUUUUGCAGCAGUGGGGGUUUUAGCUUGACUGUAUUUCCCAGUUGUUUUUUUUAUUUAUGUUUACACAGCUUCUUAAAAGGUUGAUUGGCUCUGUGUGUGUGUUUAUCACUUCAGAACUUUUCCUGUGUGAAAUGCUGUCUGUUCUACAGUGUACAAUUUAACUCUCCUCUUCUGUGUUUACUUGAUAUUUUAUGUCUCUGGUAUCUGAAUGCAUGGCACAGGCGAAGGCGAUUAAAGUCAUGUAUGUAUUUAUGUGAACUGCUGGUUCCAUGUUGGAGAGUUGUUUUUUUUUAAAAAAAAACAUUUGAAUCAUUUCCAAAUAUUCUGAAGAUAUUUUCAGCACAUGCGCAGAGAAUAAAUAUUUCUCAGUUGCAACACAAAGUGCUUUCCUUUGUCUUUACUCGGUUUUUCUUUACUUCUCAAAGUUUGAAUAAUGUUUACCAAAAGAACAAAAGUCUCUACUUCCUGUGCAUCAGUCAUUUUCCCUGUUUUACCUCUCUCACAUUUUCCUCAUCUUUGUCUUCUGUUCAAUCCCACUUUGCCAUGUCCAUGUGAAAUGUUCUCUCCACACUCAUGCAUUCGCUUUGGUUGAUAACUCACUCUGUGAAAGCCUUUUCUGAAGCAGACCGCUCUUAAUAACUGUGACACAGAGGUAAGCUUGGAGCAGAGGUCACAAUAGUCACAUCACAUCACACGCAUGCAGAUUCGACUCCGAACGCCAAAAUGCAAAUUACCCCACUUUUUCUGUUGUCGUCGCUGUUUUAAAUUCAACCAAAACAUGAAUGAAUGAAUGAGUGAGUGAGCCCUGUGAUACCUGCACUGUUAUUUCUUUUCAAAUGUUUGUCAUCCAUUGGGUUUAAUCAUUUAUAUUUUUAAAGUGCAUGCAUGAGUACUUUUGUGCUUUGAGUAAAUCUUGGGUAUGUUUCUUAGAAAACAAGUGAAGCUUUUGCUCAGAUUUUUUUUGGAAUAUGGCCAGAUUAACAGAUUACUAAAAUUGGCUGUCAUCAUAUAUAUUUUCUUUUUACAGGAUUUCAUUUUGAAGUGUUAACUAAUUUAUUUUUGGCUUCCAGACACAAUUUACUGCUGCUAUUGAAUCCAAAAAAAU